AUGAAUUAUCAAAAAGUGUAUGGUAUCACAGGUCCAGUCUCCACAGUAGGUCCAACAGCAGCAGAAAAUAAGCUGAAUGACCAACUAAUAGCAGAAUUAAAAAAUGAAAAUUCUUUUGAAAGCCCAGAAGAAACACAAAAACGUGUUGAGACUUUGAAACUAUUACAAACUUUAACUGAAAAAUUUGUUUACACUGUCUCAAGAAAUAAAAAUAUGUCCGAUGGUAUGUCGAAGGAUGCAGGAGGUAAAAUUUUCACAUAUGGUUCAUAUCGUCUUGGUGUUCAUGGCCCAGGUAGUGAUAUAGAUACUUUGGUGGUUGUACCAAAGCAUGUGACGAGAGAUGAUUUUUUCACUGUGAUGGAUUCUAUUUUACGUGAAAGGCCAGAAUUAGAAGAGAUCGCUCCUGUACCUGAUGCAUUUGUCCCUAUUCUUAAAUUGAAAUUUAAUGGCAUAUCAAUUGAUUUGAUCUGUGCUAAAUUGGAUAUACCACAAGUACCAAUAUCUUUGACCUUAAAGGAUAACAAUCUAUUGAGAAAUCUUGAUGAAAAGGAUCUUAGGGCAUUGAAUGGUACUCGUGUCACAGAUGAAAUCCUAGAAUUGGUGCCCAAACCAAGUGUGUUUAAGAUUGCAUUAAGAGCAAUAAAACUAUGGGCUCAAAGAAGAGCAAUCUAUGCUAAUAUUUUCGGUUUCCCAGGUGGUGUCGCAUGGGCCAUGUUAGUGGCAAGAAUCUGUCAGUUGUAUCCUAAUGCGUGCAGUGCAGUGAUAUUAAACAGAUUCUUUAAGAUUUAUUCAGACUGGAAAUGGCCACAACCUGUUCUUUUAAAACCAAUUGAAGAUGGCCCCUUGCAAGUCCGUGUUUGGAAUCCCAAGAUAUAUGCACAAGAUAGAUCGCAUAGGAUGCCUGUUAUAACGCCUGCAUAUCCGUCUAUGUGUGCGACACAUAAUAUCACUGAAUCUACUAAGAAAAUUAUUUUAGAGGAAUUUAGAAGGGGGGUUCAAGUCACUAACGAUAUAUUUUCCAAUAAAUUACAUUGGAAAGAUCUUUUUAUUAAGCAUAGAUUUUUCCAGCAAUAUAAAUAUUAUCUAACUAUAACAGCAAUGACUAAUUCUAAUGAUGAUGAACAUCAUUUGAAAUGGAGUGGUCUUAUCGAAUCUAAAGUUAGGUUGUUGGUACUUAAGUUGGAACAAUUACCUGGUAUUAAGUUGGUCCAUCCCUUCAUUAAACCGAUUGAAACGUUAUAUACCAUGUCCAAUUCAGAGUCUGCUUCCAGUUCAAAGGCCGAUUCAAGUUCUAUGUUUAAAGAGAUUAUUGAUAAAUAUGGUACACAUUUAAUGGAAUCAUAUUUAGACAAAAAAUAUGUGAAAAUAACAGAUGAUAACAAAGAUCAAUAUACCAAUGUUAAUAAAAUUUUUAUUACUACAAUGUAUAUUGGGUUUGAAGUAGAUGAAGAGGUGUUGAAACCUAUUGGGGUGCAAAAUAACGAAGUGGUCAAUGGUAAGAAUAAUAACGAUAAAAAGAAAUAUAAAGUUGAUAUCCAUGUGCCAUGUACAGAAUUUUAUAAUUUAUGUCACAAUUUUAACGAAGAAUACAAUGAUACUGAAAAAUUCCAGCUGAUUAUUAGAUAUGUUAAGGGAAUAGAAUUACUAGAUAAUGUAUUUGAAGAAGGUGAAAGCCGUGUAACAAAGAAGAGAAAGAUGGAUUUGUCUAAAGAUUUAAGUAACAACAAGACGUUGAAAAAGUCAAGAAAACAAACAAUAGAAGCAUGA